AUGACAGACGAGGCGGAAACCUUUGAAAUUCACUACAAAUCGCUGAAAGCGGAAAAAGUGUGGAGAUGCUUCACACCCGACGAAGACGUGCGUCUCUGGAGUCGUCUCAUCGAGAAUCCGCUCAACCAGACGCCGUACAAAAUCUGCGAGCGACUUGCCAACGAGCCGGGCUCGGUGCGCAGCUGGAAAAGCUGGUACAAACGCUACAAGAACAUUCUGGCGCCCAAAUUGCACUUGGCCAAACUGCCGAUCGACACAAAACUCCGACUGUACUUUCAGUACGGAAUUCCGGUGGAAACCGCGUUUUUGCAGGAGUCAGUUUCGAUAAAAACAGCGCAAAUUCUGAAUGGUUUUAGGCUCAAAACGCGAGCGUUUGUGAGCGUUGACGAGAAGGGACGCAUCACAAGAUAUCAGAUGAUUUCGAAAAGACGUCGCGAGGAGGAUUCUGAAGAGUUUCGGGUGAAACUGGAAGAGCCGGAACUUUCGGAGAACAUCCCGACGCAUGUGAACGACAUGUACGUAAAUUAGAGGAAAAAGCAAGUGAAUUCGAUGAAUCUACGUUCAGAGCGCCCGAAUCGACGGAGCCGAGCAUGAAAGAGUACCUGGUGGUCUUGAAGACGUUGACGAAACGAUUCAACUCGGCGGAGACGGAAGACAUCAUAAUGCGUAUCGACACGGCGAUUCAGAAACUCGGCGACAAUGAGCAAAUCAAGCUUCCGCUCGAAAAACUGCUCACCGACAUCGAGGAGACUCUGGACAUUCUGGAAUGUUAA